GAGAAAAUCAAAUUAAUAUUUACCUUUAUUAUUAUUAUUAUUAUUAUUAUUAUUAUUAUUUUAUUUAUUUUUAUUUAUUUAUUUAUUUAUUUUUUGAUGGAUGUCGUUUUUCCCUUAGUGUCAGCUUUUCAUCGUUAAAGUCAUUAUUCGCACAUAUAUAUUUAUGAUGCACACAGAAACCAUCCUUUUCCUGAAAUUUUGAUCAUUUGAUCAUUGUCUGCUGUACCUCCUCGUUCUCCCGAUCAGCAAGCCCGCUUUUGGCUUUCUGUCAUUCUGCUUCCCCACCCAGCGCUGCACACGUUAAUAGGUCGUUGUGGACAAAGGAAAGAACAAUAAAAAUAUUUAACGUGCCUGACCAUAUUUUGUUUUUUGCUCUUUUUUUUUCUUGUGGUUUUCUUGAGAGUUCAUCGUGUAGCCGCUAGAGGGUUCUCAACGCAGCGGUGCGCAAAAUAAAAACACCGUCCCGGUUCAGAUAAGCACUGAGAAACAAAACAGCGAGCAGGUUACCUGCGACUCCUGUCAGAAUGAACACGGCUAUUCACACUAUGCCUUCGGCCAAGAAAAAACAAUGUGACGUAACGACGAGUUGCCUGAAACAUGUAGCCUAAUAUUAUAUUUGACAAAUCAUAUCUUUUUAUUUCCACUCUUACGAGUCGAUUUAGACCGAUUUAGAUAUUCGAAUGUUAUGUGUUAUUUCUACUUAAUGUAGGCUAUGCGAAUAACUCUCAAGAAAUUCACGCCGGUCUUGCCAGUGACCCCGUUCAAAUACUCAUACAUGUACGCGUAUAGAGUUGUGCAUGUGAUAUGUUUGAGAAACGCGUUUUACCAAGUUUAUUUGAAAUGCGGAUGAAGAAAAAGUGAAAGGGAAAUGAUUUUGACCUCUCCACACUGAUUGAUUACUCAGUCAUCCCUGCAGUUUAAUGGGAUCCAUUCAAUUGGGAAGGUGGAGCACUUGGAUGAAUUAACAUAUUCCUUUCCCCCCUCAAUCUGUGUUGAAGUGUCUUUGAAAGGGGCAAGGAAAGGGGGUCGUGGCUUAACAUUAUAAAGGAAAAAAUAAGACAGCAUUGCCGUCUUGGUUGGUGUUGAAUACGCGUCUUGACAGGCUUUUGUAAAAGCAAAAGACCGGGAAAGAUCUCCAAAGACGAGCGCUAUUUAGUAUUUUGAAAUCAUCAAAUCCCCUAUCCAUUGACAAAAAUCUCUUCUCUCCACUUGAAAAUGAAACUUUUGCCCAUUUGCACUUGGCUCCUAUGCCUUUUGCUUUUUAUCGUGUGCUUGGGAUCUGAGUGUGGGACUCCACGGCGAAUUGUAAGGUCUAAAAGAGACUUGGUACGCAUCAGGGAAGCCAGAAGUACCUUCCCAGGAGCUUGUGCCACACGCCUGCCUCGGGGCAAACGCUCACUUCCCGGGAUAGAUCGGCGCUCCCCUCGCCUGUCACAGGCGGGGGAAAACAGCCCAGGUCGGCGGAGGGCUGUUUACUUUACCGGUCGAGGAGACCAACUGCGUCUGAAACCCAAUGCAGAGGUGCCAAGGGGUAAUUUCACCCUGGAAAUGUGGAUAAAACCUGAGGGUGGGCAGCGCUCUCCAGCUGUUAUCGGAGGUCUCUAUGAUAAAUGUUUCUACGCAUCCAGUGAUAGAGGAUGGUUGCUUGGCAUCAAAGCAGUCAGUGACCAAGCCAACCGUGACCCUCGCUUCUUCUUCUCCCUCAAGACGGACCGAGCACACAAGCUCACCACCAUCACCUCCAAUGCACCCUACACUCCCAAUCAAUGGUCACACAUCACCAUCACCUACAAUGGUCUCUUUAUGAAGCUGUAUGUUAACGGGGCACAGGUUGCUGUAAGCCGAGACCAAUCCGGUGAGAUUUUCAGUCCACUUACCAAGAAGUGCAAGGUGCUAAUGAUCGGUGGCAACGCGCUGAACCACAACUUCAGGGGUACGAUGGAACACUUGAGCUUGUGGCAUCGGGCUCUGACACAACGUGAGAUCAUUAGAUACAUGGGUCACAGUAUAGGUCAGUUUGGUGACCUCUCUCAGCUAGUCAUCCAUGAGAACUUUGAGAACAUGUCAAGACGGUGGCUUACGGUGAAAGAUGGCAGCUUCCCCCAGUUGGAGCACUCAGACCGAAACCUGGCGGGUGACCUCAGUGACACUGUACUGAAACCUCCACCUUGCGGACAGACCGUGUGUGACAAUGUGGAGGUGAUUACAAACUACUACCAGCUCUGGAGCUUUCGCAAGCCCAAGACGGUGCGCUAUCGAGUGAUAAAUGUUUACGAUGAUGAUGGACGGUGGCCGACGAUUACGGAACACCAGAUCAACCUUCAGCAUCAGCACUUGAACAACGCUUUCCGUGUCUACAACAUUUCCUGGGAGCGAACCAUUCACAACGUCUACAACUCGUCCUUACGUAACCGCCUAAUACUGGCCAACUGUGAUAUCAGCAAAGUGGGCGAUGAAGAGUGCGAUCCAGAAUGUAACCACACCCUUACGGGCUUCGAUGCCGGAUACUGUAAGAGGCAGAGCGCACGCUGCCCUGAAUACAAGCAGGGGAAUGGGGUUUGUGACCCAGAGUGUAACUGGGACAAUUUCUAUUACGAUCAUGGGGACUGCUGCAACCCCAACAUCACUGAUGUCACGAAGACCUGCUUUAAUCCUGCGUCACCCCUCAGGGCUUACAUGAACGUGAAGGAGCUGAAAGAGGUUUUGAAUUUGGAUGGAUCCACACACUUGAACAUUUUCUUUGCUAAUUCAUCUGAUGAAGACGUGGCUGGUGUGGGCACUUGGCCUUGGGAUAAAGAAGCUUUAACACAUUUGGGUGGGAUUGUAUUAAACCCUUCAUUUUAUGGUACGUUUGGCCACACUCACACCAUGAUCCAUGAGAUUGGCCACAGCCUCGGACUGUACCAUGUCUUCAGGGGAAUCUCGGAGGUGGAGUCCUGUAACGAUGCCUGCUUGGAGACUGAGCCCUCUCUUGAGACAGGAGAUCUGUGUGCAGAUACCAAUCCCACACCCAAGUACAAGUACUGCAGAGAUCCUGAGCCAGGCAACGAUACCUGCGGGAGACGUCAUUUCACAAACACCCCAUUCAACAAUUACAUGAGCUAUGCUGAUGAUGACUGCACAGAUUCCUUCACGCUGAACCAGGUGGCUCGGAUGCACUGUUACUUAGAUCUGAUCUACCAGUCUUGGAGACCUGGCAGUAAACCAGCUCCUGUUCCUCUACCUCCUCGAGUAACAGCGCAGGACCAAGACUCCCUUACCCUGGAGUGGUUCCCUGCCCUCACUGGCCAUUACUUAGACAGAGAAGUGGGAUCAAUUUGUGACAGAUGUACUGAAGUUGGGGUGCUCCUGCAGUAUGCCUCGAACUCAUCCUCUCCCAGACCCUGCGCCCCCUCCGGCCACUGGAGCCCUCGUGAAGCCGAAGGUCCACCAGAUGUAGAGCAGGCCUGUGAAGCAAGUGUCAGCACUUGGAGCCCAAACGCCGGCCUAGACUCGAGUAGUAUUGGCUCAGCGUCUUGCCCACCCCAGGGCUGUAUGCUCCAGCUCGAGUUUGCAUAUCCGCUAGUACCUGACUCCCUCACUGUUUGGGUCACCUUCUUCUCUCCAGAGGAGACUGGACUGCCUGCAAUCCACGACAUCCUUUUGCUGACCCUUAGUGGGAACAACAUCUCGCUGGGUCCACAGUAUGCGUUCUGUGACACACCAUUAACACUGAAGCUAGAUGUGAAGGAGGAGGUGUAUGGGGUGCAGUUCUUCACCAUGGAGCAGCACUUGGAAAUCGACGCCACAUUGCUCACCUCAAAGCCAGACAAUCCUUUGUGCCGGUCAUGUCAUCCUCUACGCUAUAGACUGAUUCGCCAGCCACCGUUCACACACUCACCACACGGGCUGAUUCUUCAGGAACCCACUCUGAAAUACGUGGACAGGGACUUGAAGCCUGAUGAAACAUACACCUACCAUGUGCUGACAGUGUCUAGAAGAGCAGAAAGUGAACAGUCUCCACCUCUCUCUCACCAGCUGGGCUCACCCUACUGUGGAGAUGGACUCAUCCAAAAAUAUCUUGGAGAGCAAUGUGAUGACAUGAACUUCGCUAACGGAGAUGGCUGCUCAAACCAGUGCAAGAAAGAGCCGUUGUUCAACUGUGUUGAUGAGCCCAGCUUGUGUUACUUCUACGACGGUGAUGGUGUGUGUGAGGACUUUGAGCGGGAGGCGAGUGUAAGGGACUGUGGUCUCUAUACCCCGAGCGGCUUCCUGGAUCAAUGGGCCACUGCGGUGGAGGUGUCCAAUGAGGAGAAGAUGCACUGUCCAGCAGAGGUGGCUGUUGGAUAUCCUGCAGUGACGAAGAGCUGUCAGUCAAAGGUGUUUGACCUGUCACAUGGCGUGUCUCAGUAUGCUUGGUUUCCUUGUGUGGAGUCUCAGCAGCACAGCUGGACUUCGCAAUAUUGGCUAAAGGCCUAUUACGCCCAUCCUAUGGUGGCUGCUGCGGUCAUUAUCCAUCUGGCCGCUGAUGGAACAGCUGACAUUGACCAGAGACAACACAACAUUACUGUUCAGCUGGUGGACACUAAGGAGCAAACCCACCCUCUUGGGGACUGGAGGCUGAGCUGCCGGAACAAUCCACUAGUGAUUCCUGUGAGUCAUGACCUGAGCGUGGCCUUUUACCGGACAAAAGCCAUUAUAGUGAGCUUCGGCUCUCCUCUGGUGGCCAUCUCAGGUGUUGGACUGCGCUCCUUUCAAUAUUUUGACCCCAUCACUAUCAGUGGCUGCCAAAGCAAUGAAAUCUAUAACCCCAUGGGUCAAAGUUGCGUGCAUUACUCGUGUGAUGCCAUUGAAUGUCAGAAGCCGAUGAUCAGUAAUGCAGAGAUGAAGUGUAAUAGUCCAGGACACUUCAAUGGAGCUCGUUGCACCAUCACCUGCAACCGAGGAUAUACGCUGAAAAUACACCGUGAUGAUGAAAUCAUCAAAACACAGUCUGAAUCCAUGGUGACCCUCACCUGUGCGGAUGGGAAAUGGAACAAGCAGGUGACCUGUGAACCUGUGGACUGCGGGCGGCCUGACAAGUACCAUGUGCACCCGGCUGUCUUUGAGUUCUCUGAGGGUACCACCUACGGCAAGAAGUGCACUUUUCAGUGCCGGGAGCCGGCUCUGCUUGUGGGCAGUAAUAACGUGCUGACGUGUAUGGAGGAUGGCAUGUGGUCUUUCCCCGAAGCUCUGUGUGAGCUGCGUUGUCCGGUCCCUCCACCUGUACCCAACGCUGUCCUGCAGACCAAACGCUGCAAUGCCACAGGCCUCAAAGUUGGGUCUUUCUGCAAGUACAAGUGCAAGCCUGGCUACCAUGUGCCCCACAUAGACAAGCCCAAAAGGUCAGUGCCUGUGAUGUACCACAGGCGUGCGUUUAAGCGGCAGUGUACAGAGGAUGGAACCUGGCAGUCGGGUGAGUGUGUGGCAGUCACAUGUGAUCCACCUCCUCCCAUUUUCCACGGUACCUACAAGUGCACAAAUGGCUUUCAGUUCAACAGUGACUGCUGGAUCGACUGCAACAGGGCUAACCACACGGUGAGACAGCACAGCCACUGCAAGCAGGGUCCUUCCACCAAUGUAAUCCGAUGCAGAAAGGACGGGAACUGGACUGGCUCCUUCCGUCUCUGCCCCAACCUGACAGGCCAGUGUCCCCUCCCGCAGAAUCUCAGCCCAAAUAUCCAUCUCAGCUGCAAGGAUGGACACGGCAUAGGAAAGGAGUGUGAGGUGGCCUGCAGAGAUGUUAGCAGCAGUGUGGUCCUCUUGCCCAGCAACAUGAGCGUUGCAGCUGUGAUGAAAGACCACUGGUGGAACCCACCCAAAGUUAAGAAUAUUGUAUGCACCAUGGGACUCAAGUGGUACCCUAACCCAGAGGCCCUCCAUUGCAUAAAGGGAUGCGAGCCGUUCAUGGGUGAUAAUUACUGCGACGCCAUCAACAACCGAGCGUUCUGCAACUAUGAUGGUGGAGACUGCUGUCAUUCUACUGUUAAAACCAAAAAGGUGAUUCCAUUUCCGACGUCAUGUGACAUUCGAGAAGACUGUGCAUGUCGAGACCCCGACGCCCAGGAGAACAACAAAGGAGUCCGCCACCGGUCCAUUGGCUGAGCACCCAGGGGGCCUGCUGGGAAACCAUUCUUCUCUACAUGCUGCUUAUAAGAGGGCCUUUCCACUCACACCGCACUCCAACAUAUGCCCUCGUUUCCUCAUCAAACAGCAACAACUUAAGAGGGUAUGACACUCAAAAACAAACAACCAACCAAACAAACACAUCAACAACAGGUUUUGCAAAGGAUAUGAAGUGGAAGUUUUAUGAAUGACUUAUGGCAAUAGCAACCAUAGAUGUUGUCAAACUAAGGCUUAAACAAGCCUGGACUGACAGUUUUGUUUUUUUAUGUUUGCUUUCAUUGAUCAUUAUUUGUAAAGUGCAACCAUGGCAAUGUUGUUUUCAUGUAGAGCCAGAGGAAAAAAUAGGGGGAAAGGGAAAAAUGCAGCUGUUAUUUUUUGACUGUAGUCAGAAUGGGGUGAUUCCAAUCGUGUCAAAUCAAGAUCACCUAACUAAAGUGAAUUGAUGAACGAGAGGACCGCUGAUGUUUUCAUGAUGCCCCUAACGUCUGACCUCAAAGACUGUUUCGAUGACAGUUUAGCCAUUCGAUGUGUCCUCUUAUAUCAAAUGUUCUCUGUGUUCUUAUAUUUAUCAAUUCAAAUAUCAAAGAGAAAAUAUACAAAUGGACCUUAAUAACAAAUCCAAAUUUGUGUCACACGGAUGGCUUGCACUCCUGAAUGUUUGAGCUGCUUUUACUCACAAAAAAGAAAAAGAAAAAAAAUCUGGCUGACGACCUCAGCGUCUGUAUGAAACAUCGAGGGAUGAUGGGAAUGUUUCACAGCGUAUAGCAAGAUGUACGAGUGCAGCUGCUGUGGCCCUAAAUCACAAAAUCCUGUAUAUCAGCAAGAAAUGCACAAAUCUGAUGCCGAAAAAUCAUCAGAGGAGGUGUUGAUCCAGUGAGUUACAUCCCCAGCAGAGAGAGAGAGAGAGAGAGAGAGAUUGUGAAAGAAGUUGUGUUAGCACAGCUGUUGCUGCUAGUUUUGCUGCUGUGGCCAUGCAAGCCAAUUCUGUCUAUGGACAAUUUGUAGUUUAAUGUAAGUGCAGUCUGCCAUAGAUUUGACCUCUGGUCAAAAUGCAGUUAGAUCAACUUUACAGGAAAACACAUUCAUAUAUGCGCAAACAGAUGUAUGCAUGUAGAUCUACUAACAGGUUCCCCUCUGCAGAAAAAAACUUUUUUUAAUAGACGUUAGGGCUGUCAAAGUUAAUACACUAAUGGACAUAACAGUUUCAGUCUGUUCUUUGAGAUUUUCUAAAAACUUCGGAACAUUCGGAGCUAAUUGAAAUAGAUCGCGUGUUCCCAGCAGAGCAUGUUUUUCUCAGUAAAUGACAAAAGAUGUUCUUUAUGGAUGCUUGAUUUAUAAAUCAAUCUCCGAUGGAGUGUUUAACAAAAGUCAUUUGCAUUCUUGGUGAAAUGUAACUAUUAUCAAAGUGAAAUUCAUCCUUAUCCUGGUAAGAUUAAGUCCAUAAAGUGCUGUUCAGUUUUCACAGUUUUGCAUUUCCUGUCUGUGUGUUUGCUAUAGUUUUAUAAAUUAUUAAAUUUAUAAAUUUAUAAAUUAUUAAUGAUUAGAUUGAAUAUAGAAAUUCUUUUUGAGGCGAGUAAGGAGCGCGGUUGCAUAAAUUUAGCUCUGUCCAGUGUCAUUAUGUAGAUAUGUCAUCCACAUUGCCAAAUUCAACUGACAUUCUUUGGAACUGAAUGCUUUAAUGCUAUGCAUUAUAACUUUGAAGAAAAUUAUGAGAUUAAUCAUUUUAACAGAUUGCCAGCCCUACUAAAAACACAAUGGCCACUGAGAUGAUUGACUAAAAGAGUAAUAGAAUUAUGUACAGGCACAGCACAUACCAGACAUAAUAAUUAAUUCAAAUAAAAUGGAAAGUCAGUCAGUGUUUGCUUGUUGAAGAACCAUUCAAAAGCUAUGCCAAAUUAAUACAAAAUUGAGUUAUUUAUUGACACAAAGAAUGUAAUUUAGGCUUCAUUGUGGAAUAUUAUAUGUAUUUAGCAUUCACACGGUGUUUGUGCUAGCUCAAUCUGAUGUAGCAUUAUAUUUGUAAAGAAAAGAGCAGUUAAACCAUGUAGAAGUAGAUUAAUAGUCCUCCUCUGCUUUUGUAACAGAAAUAUCUUAUUGGCGAAUAUGCCAGUGCUCCCCCUUUUUGAGGUUCUCAUUACUUUUGUGAAAAAUAACAACAUCAUUAGUGGAUAAUGGCAGUGUAUGUAACAACUGGCUUGUAGUUCAACACAGUAACAAGUACGCUAUUUUGUAGUAAGUGUAAUAACAGGCAUUAAGUUUUAUAUUUGUAUGUAAACCAGUGUAAAACUGGAGAUGAUAGUCCAUGGUGUGAUAGUUUAUGGCAGUCAGUAUGACUCCAUAAAACACACAAUCUUUUAAUAUCCAGACAUUGGUAUGCAAACCACUUUUUAAAAGUAUAGCCAUCUAAAAAACAUCCAAAUGACUUUGAAGUAUUUUUUAGCCACACUCACAUCUCAAUCUCCCUGAGCUCUUAAAAAAUACAUCUAAAUGACAUCCUUCUCAUUACAUUAGCAUGGAAACAACAACUAUUGUGAUACCGUUACCAGGCUACUUAUCAAACCAGGAUAUCCCAACAUGGUUGUGUCAGCCCAUCAUGAGAGGUUAUUUCUAUGGCAUUAAUGUCUGAAGAUAAAUAUUAUGUUUUGCAGAAGUGAAGAGUUUAGGGUAGGAAGGGCCUUGUGUGUAUAUUUAUAUGUGGUGGUUUUGUUCAACUGUAUUUCUGUCAGUUGAUACAUUUGACCACAGUUGCUGCACUUGUCUUUGUACAGUUGUUUUGUAGAUGAAAUAGAAAAAAAAAAGAAAGAAAAGAAAAACGUUUACCGUAAAAAAGCUGCUAUGGUCAGACAGGUUAUCAUAAUUGUUAAAUUAAAUAGUCAUUUAGUGUAUGACAUCAUUGAAUUUACUUUUUACUGUGUUGUUAUUUUCUUCUCUUUUCACUACCUUUGGUUGAAACAUUGAGAAUAAAAGAGAUAUGUGUGUAGUCCAAUUAAAAAUACAGAUGUUAAAAACACAGCUACCAUCAAAGCAUACCCAAAGGAAAAAAUCUGAUCUAUGAGAGACGUGAGAUGACAGAGCCGUCACUGAUGUCUUAUUUAUUCAUGUACACAAGCAGCUCUGUUGUUAUUUCUUUUGAGGUAAAGAUCAUGUCAUAUCAAGUCUUUAUUGACGUCUUUGUUCCUAGUAUUAAACUGUAUGCUAUUAUUGUAUAGUAAAUGUUAAAAUACUGCUGCUUUUAUUCAAUUAUCACUUGGAUAGAGUGCCUAGAACAAACAUCAAUAUAUGUGCAAUCUUAUGAACCAGUAUCACGACCGGUUUCAGACAUCACUGAAAAUGGACCAUUACUGAGCUUUACAUACAGUUCUAUACUGGGGUUUUGUACACAAACAAUGAUCACAUUUUCUGUCCUUUUUUUUUUUUCCUGGAAAUGUUAAGAAAAGCUUGAUGCAUUUUAGCGCAAUGUUACCUUUUUCUUCUUAAGCCAUGAAAAACAAGAUCAAAUCAAAUGAAGUUUGGUGAAACAGUCUACUGUAAACAUAACAGGAUCUUUUUUUUUUUUCUUUUUUUUUUGCUGUACCUCAUGCCUGUAAUGUUUGCUGCUUACUUAUUCAGUAUUUUAGUAAUUUAAAUCUCUUAGCAAUAUACAAUGUUGUAAAUAAUAGAAUUAUUUAUUAAGAAUGUUGUCUUUUUUAUUUAUAUUUACACAGUUCAUCUAAGUUAUUUUUUUAUGUCUGCAGUGUUACUUUGUGUGAUCAAAAGUCUUUUUUUUUCUCCUUACUGUUUAUUUCUCUGUCUGUUCCUCUGUUCCAGUUAGAAAGCAAAGGUCUGGUGUAAGAAGUGACUUGUUUUCCCAGCCACUCAAUUUGUAUGAGUAAUAAAUAAAAGUCUCUAAUUCACAAGGAAAAUGUUAUAGAAAUGUCACCUUUGGAAAAUCGUACAAAGCGGUCCUUUGCCAUAUUGACUUCCACCCAUGUUUUAGAUUCCAUAUGUUUGUAUAUUCUGGGGAAAUUGGUCAGAGAGGUUCCGUUUCCAAUGGCUAAGUAGAUACAUUGAACCGGUCUGGAGCCAUGGGGCUAGUGUGGUUUUGUGUAAAUAGUAGAAUAGGUGAGAGAAACUGAAAGACUGCUUGUGGUGGCUCAGCUGCUGAUGUUUGGCCACGUAUAGAAAGCCUCAUGUAUAGAUUCCUUCUAUAAUCCUAUGUGUGUCCCUACAUUUUCAUCCUCACCACAGAAAGAAGCAUGUCCUCAUGUCCAUACAUGCAAACACAGUAGUACCUCAGCAAAUUAAUGUCUUAUUUUGUGAUAUUUCAGAUUUCCCUAGUGUUGUUUCGUUGAAGAAUAGCCCAUUUGCAGUGUACCUUAAUUGCGUUUUAUUACUUAUAAAGCAAAAUCCCCCAAGGUCACUUUGCCUCCUGAGAUUAGCAUCUCAAACUUUUGCAGUAAUUUCACUUUUCAUUUAUAGCAUUUAUAGCUUUUGUAUUUUCACACAGAGAAAAUGCAGGUUUUCUCUGUGUAGGUUUUGUACAGAGCACUCAGUAACAUGACUGCACAUUUUUUUGAUGCCAAUAUUACUCCAGUUCAGCAAGCAUGUUUUUCUCAAAUCUCAUACCCUGAAGAUUACAGUUGCAUGAACAAAACCGUGUUCCCAAAGUCUGAGGUGUUAAAAAAAUUUUCAUGGUUUGCUACUUUCAUCAGAGUAGUAUAGCAAAUAUAUAUGUAUUUAUCAUAAAGUUGAUUGCAGUGAGAGAAAUAUCUUACCCCAUACAUUUCAAUUGAAUAUUAAUUUUGUGUGUUGUUUUUAUUGUUCUUUUCGAAACCUACAUUUCUAAAUCUAAUAUGUUACAUGUUAUUUGAUAUAUCUUUUUUCCUGAGAAUGUUUUUUUUCAAUGCCCUGCUCCAUAUUGUCAUUGUUUGGUCUCCAAAUUUGCAAAUUCUUCUGCGACUGCACUGACGUAAAAAUCAAGACCAGACAUGAUGACAAACCUGUUGUUCCUUCCUGGUGUAUCUCAAAUACAACCCUAAAAGGCUUGACCUCUUACACUGAUGGUCUCCAUAAGCACUGGUUAGACUCAAUAAACCCACUCUGCUCAGUAUACAAACUUAAUGCACUGUUUUGGGCACUUACCACAAUAUUAUUUUAAUAGCCAAUUGAUUUGUACCAUUUGUCAUUUUUCAUGAGUAUCUCUGAUGUGAGCAGUUUGCCACUGUUGUUUGUUUGUUUGUUUUUAUAUAUAAUAUUGUGAUAUUAUUUGUCACAGAGCAGACUAGUGUACUGUAUAUUUUCAUGAACUCCUCAAGCAUUAUUAACAGUAAGUACAUCAAUGUUAUUUUUCCUGAUAUGUAUUAUUUAGAAAAUAAACACUGGUUAAUGAAAUAAUUGUA